AUGGUUUUCGCGGGAGACUUCUCACAGUUAACGCCACCCAAACGAGAUCCCCUUUACAAACGAGAAUGCGCUGCUUUUCAAGGUACUCUUAAUGCGUAUAUCGAGUUGGAUGGAAUGCAUCGAUUUCGAAAUGAUAUUCCUUGGGGCGAAAGACUUAAACGUUUUCGAGCGGGGAAGCCAACCAAGGAUGACAUAAUGUACAUCAACCAUCACUGUGUCGUGUCAAAGAACCAUAAACCGAACUCCAACAUUCAAGUUGCAUGCCACUAUAAUUGGGAGCGAGACGUGGUCAACACUACAGUUUUCCAGCAAUUCUGUGUCGCAAAUGCUCCUGCGGAUGCUGACAAUGUUUACAUGGGGGCAAUUAUGAUUUUGAUGGACAGCAUGGAAAUGUACAAUGAUCACAAGCAGUACGUUCCAGUAACAAGCAACCGCAUCAAGAAACACUUCUGGACAACAUGUGGCGAAUCGGAUUGUGACAUGGACAACGGACGUGUUGAUCCGGCAUUGAAGAUGUACUACAACUGCCCUCUGAUGCUGACAAAGAAUGAAGACGUACCGAAUGGACAGGCAAACGGUUCGAGAGUGUUCCUACGCAAGGUACAUGUAAAGCCCGGAGAACAGCCUUUCAUCAUCAAACUCCAUUGCGGUGUCAGAAUCCGUGUCUUCCGUGUGACCCAAAUUGACAGAAUCACAGUAAAACACGAGAUGAAAGACAUGUUGCCAAGAUGUUUCGAUGUCAAGACACACGGAGUGUCCUUCAAGUGCAAGAUGAAAAUCGAAAAGGAAAAGAUUGAGGUUCGCAUGAAAGGAAUCCAGUUUCCUCUUGUUAGCAAUUCAGCGACCACAGGACACAAGUUGCAGGGAUACACAGCAUCGCAACUGUUGGUGUGGAACUGGCACUAUGCAGAUAAUUGGGUUUACGUGGUACUUUCAAGAGUAAGAGAAAUGAAAGGCCUCUUCUUGCGAAAACCACUGUCGCUCGAUUUAACAAAGUACCAGAUGCCAGACGAAAUGGUGUAUAUGCUGGAAACUUUCAGUCGCUACAUUCCCUUCGAUACUGUUUCCGCCGACAAUUACGAUGAAAUGUUACAGUCCGAAGCAGCAUUCAAUUAA